AUGACUGAAGAUAUCAGUAAAAAGAGAAGAAGUCGUGGUGCUUAUGUUGGUGUUUUUAAGAAAAUUGUUAAUGAAACUGUGAAACCUAUUUAUGAAAGGUUUGCUUUGAAAGAUCAUGGUGCGGUACUCUUAUCCAGUUAUGAUUUACUGGAAGCUAAAUUAUUGAACUAUGCUGCGAAAGAGUUAACAACAUUGAAAAAGUUUCUUGACAAGCAUGUGUUUGAAAUUGAAGGUAAUGUUUCUGUUACUUCUUCUGAUGGGUCUGGAAACUCCAGCGUGAGGGAUCGAAUUAAACUUCCGAAACUUGAGCUGAAAAAGUUUAACGGUGAUCCUUUGCAAUGGAAGUCCUUUGACGAAUCUUUUGAGUGUGCGAUACAUAAGAAUGAAUCUCUUUCUUCUGUCGAAAAAUUGAGGUAUUUGACAAAUCUUUUGUCGGGCUCGGCAGAACAAACAAUCAGCGGUUUAUCGUUAUGUAACGAAAACUAUGAAAUUGCGCGAGAUCUUUUAAAAGAACGAUUUGGUGAUCCACAAAUCACUGUGUCAGCUCAUAUGAACAAACUUUUGACUCUUGAAAAUGUAAAAAGUUCGAGAGAUAUUAAAUCUAUGCGAAAACUUUACGACCUAAUCGAAUCUCAAGUGAGAAGUUUGAAAGCCCUGGGUUUUAAAGCAGAAAACUAUGGACCUAUGCUUAUUCCUGUUGUUUUGUCAAAAUUACCGAAUGAUAUCAAAUUAAUGAUAAGUAGAAAAUUUGAUGAAGAUAUUUGGGACGCUGAAGCUGUGUUAAAAUUUUUAAGAAAAGAAAUUAUGGCACGUGAAAAACUUUCGAAUAUAAAAUUAGAAGAAGAUGAGCAGCGGGAGUUCCCCAGCAGUGGAAGUUCUUUGAAUGCACAAGCUGCGCGAACUGGUACCCGAAAGUUAUUCUGUUCCUUUUGUUCUGGUGAGCAUAAAUCACAUGAAUGCAGAACUGUAACAAAAUUAGAAACCAGGAAAGAAAUUGUUUUGAAAAAUGGACGCUGUUUUUUAUGUUUAAGAAAAGGACACAUGAGUCGUGAAUGCAAAGCAAGUUUUCGUUGUUUUCACUGCAAAGGAAAACAUCACGUAGCCUUAUGCGAAAAGAAACAUAAUCCAAAUCCUCCUCCUAGUCGUAGUCCUAAGAAAAAUGAAACCGAAAAUAAAGAUGCAGAAAGUGAAAAUUCUUCCUCGAACGUUACACCUGCUAAUAUAAACAUAGCUUCUGAUCGAAAUAAUGUUUUGCUGCAAACUGCUAUGGCUACAGUUACAUCAUGCGAUGGAAAUUUUUCUGCGAAAUUACGCAUUUUAUUUGACAGCGGUUUGCAAUUGUCGUACAUCACACCGCAAGCGAGAAAAAGGUUGAAUUUAAAAACUGUUUCAAAAAAAGAACUGAGUAUUAAAGUCUUUGGAGGUGAACACUCUACGAAAAAACUUGAUCUUGUCAAAUUUGAAAUUAAAAGCACAAUAUCGAAUGAGAGCAUUAAUGUUUCUACCUUUGUGAACGAUAUUUGCAAACCUGUUUCCGGACAAACUAUCAAUUUUGCUGUUGAAAAUUAUGAACAUUUGCAAGGCUUACAAUUAGCUGAUCAGAAUUUUAGCGACGAUCUACACGUCGACAUAUUAAUUGGAGCCGAUUAUUACUGGAAUUUUUUCACGAAAACUGUUUUACGAAGUUCUAGCGGAGGUCCUGUUGCCAUGGGAUCAAAACUUGGAUUUAUCUUAAGUGGUCCAGUUUCUACUGUCUCUACCACUCCUGUUACAGCAAAUAUGGCUUGUACUCAUUCGUUAUUAAUUAUGAAAGAAACUCAAUCAGAUUAUGAGAUUCUGAAUGAAAACGUGAAUAAAUUUUUCAACUUGGAAAGUUUAGGGAUUUCCUCCGAAGAACCUAGUAUUUACGACAAAUUCACGGAUGAAAUAAAAUUUAAAGAUCAUCAUUACGAAGUGAGGCUACCAGUGAAAGGUGAUAAAAUGUUCAUUGAGGAUAACUAUUCACUAGCUAAAGACCGCCUCCGAUCACAGUUUAAUAAAUUAAAAAACAAUACCGAAUUAUUGAAAACAUACGACGAUAUAUUUAAAGAACAAUUGGACAGCGGUAUCAUUGAAAAGACGACAGAAAGCCCUGGUGUUGGGGAAACCCAUUAUCUCCCCCACAGAGCUGUUAUUAAACCUAACAGAAAUACAACGAAAGUACGUAUAGUCUUCGAUGCUAGCGCAAAGCAUAAAGAUAGUCGAUCGCUAAAUGAAUGUUUAUAUACCGGUCCAUCACUGAACACUUCAUUGUUUGGAGUGUUGUUACGAUUUAGAGCGUAUAAUAUCGCAAUAACUGGUGACAUUGAAAAAGCCUUCCAUCAAAUAUCGGUAUCACCUGAAGAUCGUAAUUUACUCCGAUUUAUCUGGUACGACGAUGUGAAUAAUUUUGAUGAUCAAAAGUUUGAAAAUAACGCGCUAGCUGAUUAUAGAUUCUGCCGAGUAGUCUUUGGAGCCACUUGUUCUCCAUUUCUUCUGUCUGCAACUUUGAUUUUUCAUUUACACGGUUAUGUUGAAUGUGAUCCGCAAUUUGUGCAGAAGUUACUUGAAUCUCUGCAUGUUGAUGAUUUGACUGCGGGUGGCGUUAAUGAUUCUGAUGCUUUGUGUUUUUACACGAAGUGUCAGGAGAGGCUCAGUGAAGGAGGGUUUAAUUUGAGAAAGUUUAACUCUAACUCCAAAAUGCUUGAGAACAUCGUCAAUAGUACUCAGGAUGAAACUGAAAUCAAAUUUCAACCCACUAUUAAAGUUUUGGGACUUGAAUGGAACAAACUCUCUGACGAAAUUAAUUUCAAUUUUUCUGACAUGCUGAAGAACAUAAAAUUGCCUACUACGAAGCGAAAUAUCAUGCAUUUUUUAGCUAGUAUCUAUGAUCCACUAGGGAUAAUUAACCCUAUUGUUGUGACAAUUAAAGUAUUGUUCCAAGAUUUGUGUGUUGCAAAAUUUGACUGGGAUCAACCUUUAGAAGGCACUUUGGUGCUAGCUAGAUUAAUGGACGUUUUAAAAAAGGAAUUAUUGAAUGUGUAUAAUAUUGACAAUAUUUUCUAUUGGACUGAUUCAACUAUUGCAUAUUCAUGGAUUAAAAACGAUAACAAAGAUUAUAAAACCUUUGUUCAAAACCGCUUAGAGGAAAUUAGAAAACUGACUGCAUCUGGCAAAUGGUGUUUAGUACCAUCGAAAGACAACCCUGCAGAUAUAGUAUCUAGGGGUUGCUCCCCCUCUGAAUUAAAUUCUUUGUGGUUCAGUGGACCCACGUUUGUAACUUUACUUGAAACCCACUGGCCACACCUUAAACCUGGUGAUAAGUUUAUUAGUGAUGACAUGACAAAAGAAGAAGUUAGAAAAGAAGAAAAAGUUCAAACAUUAAAUAAUGAACUAAAAAAUAUUACUGUGUCUGAAAAUCUAUCUAUUAUUUCUACUGAUACUGUGUCUGAGAAUGUUUGUGAUAAUGUUAUGUCUUCUACUACUCCUGUGUCUGAUGAAGUGUAUGAUACUGUAUGUGAUGUUUCUACUGCCAAUGAAAAUGUCUCGGAUAGUGUAAACAAGAAUUUCCCAAUUAUACCGGGUAUUCGUAACAUAAUUGAUAUAAAAAAAUACAGUAGUUUUGAUAAAUUAGUACACGUCACAGCUUAUGUGAUGAGAUUUAUAAGUAAUGUAAAAAAGAAGAAAGAAGAUAGAAAAAAUUUUAAUUAUAAGAGGCUAUCAGCCGAAGAAAUUGGUCAUGCAAGAUUGGUAAUCAUCAAAGAUGCUCAAGAAGAUGUAAAAAGACACAAGAAAUUUAAACAUUGGGAAAAGAACCUGGAUUUAUUUGAAGACACAGAUUUUUUGCUGAGGUGCAGGGGUCGGUUAGGAAAUGCUCCUGUACCAUAUAACUCCAGGUAUCCUAUUCUGUUAGUACCAGACUCUUAUCUAACAAAAUUAAUCAUUCGACAUGUGCAUGAAUCUGUGAAGCAUUAUGGCACAAAAAUAACCUCACAGAACUUAGAAGAGAAUUUUGGAUUCCAUCUGUGCCGAAGGUACGAGAACAAACCAUAUCCGUACCCAGAUCCUCCAUCAUUACCGAAGAGUAGAUUACAAGAUAACAUGUCAUUUGAAGUAGUUGGCAUCGACUAUGCUGGUCCUUUAUUUGUAAAAAAUGUUUUUAACGAAGAACCAGAUAUGUAUAAAGCUUGGAUAGUUCUUAUAACGUGUGCGAGUACUAGAGCUAUUCAUUUAGACUUAGCUUCGAAUUCUUCUGGACCUGAAUGUAUAGAAGUUCUGAAACGAUUUAUUGCUCGAAAAGGAGCACCGAACUUCAUUUUAUCUGACAAUGGUAAAUGUUUUAUUAGCGAAGACGUACAAAACUUUGCUGCUAGUAAAAAUAUUAAUUGGAAAUUUAAUAUUGAGUCUGCCCCUUGGCAAGGCGGAUUUUUCGAACGUUUGGUCAAAUCAGUCAAAAGACCACUGAAGAAAGUUCUGGGCAAUAGUCGCCUGAAGUAUAACGAACUUUUAACGAUACUAACUGAAAUUGAAUUUAUACUAAAUAACAGACCAUUAACGUACAUAUAUGAAGAACUUAAUGAAGAACCAUUAACACCUAAUCAUCUUAUGUAUGGAAGAAAAUUAAACACGAAAGCAGAUGAGAACAACUUAAUACCUGAAGAUCUCUCGGCUGAUAUGAGUGUCAAACGGAAAGAAAACGUAAACCGAUUACUGACACACUUUUGGAAUAGAUGGCGUGACGAAUACGUCACAGAAUUACGAGAAUUCCACAAAUUGAAGAAUAGUCGUUUCAAUAAAUGUUUAAUUCCAAACGUUGACGACGUAGUUGUUGUUGCUGAUGAUAGAAUGCCACGAUCACAAUGGCGAAUUGGUCGAAUAAAAGAAACGUUGAAGGGAAAAGAUGGAAAAAUACGUGCAGCGAUAGUACAAUGCAAAACUGAUCAAGACAGACGAUCAAAUUUACGGCGACCGAUCAAUAAAUUGAUACCGUUUGAACAGUGUAUUAUUCCAAACGAUGAAUCAACAGAACCAGCAAUACAAUUUAUUGAUGAACAAUCAGUUACACAAAACGAUCAGUUAGCUGAAUCAAAGAUAACAUUUGUUGAUGAAAAGGAUCUUGAGAUUGUAAACAUUUGA